GAGUAGUCCAUGUUAUGUAGCCAAAUGACUCGUAUAGUUAGCUUGGAGGACUGAGCUUUGUGGGUGGGUUGGUUGGUUGGUUAUACAAAGACGCUACGAGUCCGGGAAUAAGGGGGCAACUAGGAAGUUCCUCUUCCUCCUCCGAGAACGAGAACCCACACCUCCAUAACUUCAAUUUCCAAGUUAUAUAUAUAUAAAAAAGGCAAUGGCGGACGAUCCUCUCUCCAACUCCACCACCAACAACAAGAGGGCAGAGGGGAUCCAGCUCCAGCACGGCGACUGCGAGAGCGAGAGCACUGCGCCCUUGCUGCUCGCGCCACACGAGUCCUACCGCCUCUCCGCCGCAAUCCUCCCCUUCCUAUUUCCAGCUUUGGGCGGCCUUCUCUAUGGCUACGACAUCGGAGCAACGUCUGGUGCUACCAUAUCGCUCAAGUCAUCCACCUUCAGUGGCACCACAUGGUACAACUUGUCAUCGCUGCAAACCGGCCUUGUCGUCAGUGGCUCACUCUAUGGUGCUCUCAUCGGUUCCAUCUUGGCAUUCAACAUUGCCGAUUUUCUAGGACGGCGCAGAGAGCUUAUUCUUUCUUCUGUCUCAUAUUUGAUUGGAGCUCUUCUCACAGCAGCAGCACCUAACUUCCCUAUCAUGGUGGUUGGCCGCUUUUUCUAUGGCAUAGGAAUAGGAUUGGCUAUGCAUGCUGCUCCAAUGUACAUUGCAGAGACUGCUCCAAGUCAGAUAAGAGGCAUGCUCAUUUCUCUCAAGGAAUUCUUUAUUGUUCUUGGGAUGCUUCUUGGCUACAUUGCAGGCAGUCUCUUUGUCGAAGUGGUUUCUGGUUGGCGCUACAUGUAUGCCACCAGUACACCAUUAUGUCUCAUCAUGGGAAUUGGGAUGUGCUGGUUACCUGCUUCACCUAGGUGGCUUCUGUUAUGUGCCAUACAAGGGAAGAGGAAUAUUAUGGAGUCAAAAGAAAAUGCUACCCGUUGCUUAUGUCGAUUGAGGGGUCAAGCUUCUCCUGAUUUGGUUUCGGAACAAGUUGAUUUGAUUCUGGAUGAACUGUCAUACGUUGAUCAAGAGAGGCAAGCAGGCUUCAGUGAGAUCUUUCAGGGAAAAUGCCUCAAAGCAAUGAUAAUCGGAUGUGGCUUGGUGUUCUUUCAGCAGGUUACUGGUCAACCAAGUGUGCUAUAUUAUGCUGCGACAAUCCUUCAGAGUGCUGGAUUCUCUGGUGCAUCUGAUGCUACUCGUGUAUCAGUUCUUCUUGGCUUACUGAAGUUGAUUAUGACUGGUGUGGCAGUUCUUGUGGUUGACAGACUUGGGAGAAGACCAUUACUGAUUGGAGGUGUUAGUGGGAUUGCUGUUUCCUUGUUUUUGUUAUCUUCGUACUACACCUUAUUGAAGGAUGCUCCUUAUGUGGCUGUAAUAGCACUUCUACUCUAUGUUGGCUGCUACCAGCUGUCAUUCGGUCCAAUUGGCUGGCUUAUGAUUUCGGAAGUUUUCCCAUUAAGGCUGCGAGGGCGUGGGUUGAGUAUUGCUGUUCUUGUGAAUUUUGCCUCCAAUGCACUAGUCACUUUUGCUUUCUCCCCAUUGGAGGAUUUGAUUGGAACUGGGAUCCUCUUCUCUGCGUUUGGGGUGAUUGCAGUGGCGUCUCUUGUUUUCAUAUUCUUCAUCGUGCCCGAGACGAAAGGGCUCACCUUGGAAGAAAUUGAAGCCAGCCUGUAGAUCCAGCUGCCCUGCGGCUGCUGGCACGUAGGAGAACUGCUUAUUAUUCAGAGAUGUUGCAAGCUGUUGGACUGACUGACUGACUAUCUUUGUGGUGUGGUAAGGUAACACAGUGAGAUCCAUUGAGAGUGAGUUAUGUUGCUUUCGGUCGUUGCUUUGGUUGGAGAAAGAGUAUAGUUCAAACAUAUAUGUCCAUACUGGGUUGUUGUUCAUAAUACAUGAGCACAUCAUUUUUUUUCCUUGAGAACGAUAUAUGUGUGAUUAAUGCUGUACAGCAGGAGCAGUUGGCUUAUGCCAUGUUAUUGGGCACCUGCUGAAUAUUUGGCAUGAUCUAAAAAUAAUAAUGUCUUCGUCCCAGAAUAAUUACA